CAGAAGGAGGAGGUUGAAGUGGAGGGGUGGGUCCCUAUAAGAGCAGCUGCCUCCAGCCUCCACGUAGCCAGAAACACCACACUGAGACAGAAGAAAGGAAUCAUACGCUGACAAACUGCAUUCACCCAAGGGACCUCCUAUUGGCAGCCCCAGAACAGAAGGUGGGACCAUGAAGACCGUGGUGGCUCUGCUUCUGCUCUGUCUCUGUGAUCCUGGACAGAGUGACUGCCAGGCUGACUGCCUGUCUUGCAACAACAUCCUGCCCAAACAGCUCAGUUUUAACACCAUGGUGUGUUUCAUUGAGUGCGAAAGCAGCGUUUCCCCAUCCUCCUCAUGGGACCUCUGUCGUGAAGCACUGCUGUCACAAAUCUUGUCCCCAAGUGGUUCAGUGUGGAAACGAUCUCAGGAGGAGGUGGAGGCUCUGUUUCCUGGGGAAGACGAACAGAUGAAAGGACGUUUGUUUCUUCCUAUUGCACUACAGAGGGUUGAUCAUGUGACCCAUGGACUUGAUGCAGAGGAGAGGGAUCUGGGUGGGAAGGGAAAUCACCUCAACACUGCCUAUAAUUCCCAGAAUGCGAUGUCCCUGGAGGAUGAGUAUGCAGAGGAGGAGGAAGGUCAGGAAGGAGGAGACCCUGAUGUGGCAGCAGGGCAGGGAGAUGCAGCGCUAAUCUCCAAAAGGUUUGGUGGCUUUGUCAAAGGGAGGCAUGGCCACAGGAGACUCAUGUCUCCAGGAAGAUCAUACCAGAAGAGGUAUGGGGGCUUCGUUGGUAUUAGGAAGUCAGCUCGCAAGUGGAACAACCAAAAACGUUUCAGUGAGUUCCUGAAGCAGUAUCUGGGGAUGAGCACUCGGGCCACUGAGUUCAACAGUGUGUCAGAAGACCUCACUCAACAGAAUGAGGUCUGAAGUCUUUUCAUUGAUCUGUUUUGUAGUCCGGUCACUAACAUGUCAAUGUUUGUCUGACAUCAUCAAACCUAUUAAAUCUAAGUAACCAAAAUGAAGCCCAUAAUCGGAGACUUCUGUUGGAGUUCCUUGAUGUUCUGAGAUAUUUGAAGUGCUGAUUCUGUUUUCUCAUUCCAUGUAUUUAUGUUAUCGAACCCUCCUUUGAACUCUCAUACAGUUUGAUCCUCCAGUGGAGGUUUUAGGCCCUUUGAAACUGCAUAUAACCUGGCAUGUUUCCCACCUCUUGAAACUCUUCAUUUUUCAGACUUCUCAUUCUGUUCCCUUGAUCGAAUGUACCAGUUUCAUUUGAUUGGCAUUUGACUUUUGAAGGAAGCUUUUACUUUUAAAAUCCAUAGUAGUCUUGCAAUGAUUUACAGUAAAAUGUAGAAUUUAUUUUACUUUUUAACACAAACUGGCAGUCAAAUUACCAACAAAGGUAGCAUAAUCCUUGCUUUUCUGCUACCAGGUAUUAUAUGAUUAUUUUAACCAAUAAUUUCAGUAUUAUUUCAGUAAUGCCUAAAAAGUGUACAUGCAUCCUUAAUGUUGAAUAUGUGUAUGUUCCUCUCUCUUAAAUAUACCACUAUCUUGGAGCAGAAUGCAAACGUCAGUCUCCUUUAAAAUGACAACAUCGUUUUUGUUUUUUUUAUUUACGGUUUGGGUAAUGUCAGCAGUAAUGUAUAGUAUGCUGUAUGUAACUGUGGAAAAUAAAUGGAAAAAAAAAUCAGCUUAAAUCUGUUGAUUUAUCACUGUGCCAAAAUACACCUGAGACAGGGCUAUUGCUAUUUCAUGUACAAGUGAGCAACAUACAUAACUGGCUCUUGAAGCGCCAGUGUGUACAAAAAGUGUUGGGUUCUUGAACUGUGCUAGUGUGGAAUAUUUUUCUUGCUCAUUAUUUUAACUUGUAAAUAGCUGGAUUUAAACAUGUCAAUAAAUAUAGUUUAAUAUUU